GUUAAGUUCUGCAGUAAAAUGUCGUGCUUCCUCAAGACACUUUCGCUUCUGCUCAGCAUAGCAUCGCUCUCAUACACAAAAACCUGCAACCUCGAUGAAAAUGCUGAGAUAGCCGUAACAGAGGCUCACAAUAAAUAUAGAGAGGACAUUGCAAAAGGGAAAGUCUUGAAAGGUUCAGGAUCGAGGAGCCUUUUUGCUCUGAAGUACGAUUGCAUACACGAAGCUCUUGCUGCUACGCCCAUUGGUGAUGCCUGCGAAAACCUAGGAAUGCAAGGGCCAUUAAAAAGUCUUAGCAAAUCAUACAAUUUCGAGAGUUACCGUACACCUUCAAAUCCUGCCGACGUUACUGCGUAUUAUCAAAUGGCUGUGGAUGACUGGAAGGUUGGAACAGAAAGUAAUAAGUUCACUGGUUCGACGAAUGUGAAAUUUGCUAGGAUGGUCAACUAUAGAGCCUAUGAAUUUGGAUGUACCCACAAAUAUUGCGCCGACAACAAAAAACUUGCGAUUGUGUGCCUUUACAACAGCGAACUGCCGGCGAAAGAUGCAGAUAAGGACCUCUGGGAAGCAUAUGCGACUACGAAAGGAUGCACAAAAAAUUCGACAUGCAAAUUGGUGAAAGAUGCUCUCAAAGAGAUUGAUGCUGAUUUAGUUGGUGCUUGCGAUACCAGUACAGGUCUUUGCGUGACCGAAAUGAAGGAGACGCCACCCACAACUACCACUGCCACCCCAAGUACGACCGUAACUACUCAACCCACAACGACUAUUACAACAAAUUCGAACGAGAAGAUGACUGAUGAGAUUCGAGAGCACAUCAUCACUAUGCACAAUUACCGCAGAGCCAAUCUUGCCAAAGGAAGUAUUAGAAAUGGGAAAGAAGGAAAUCCAAACUGCCCAACUGCUCAAAAUAUGUAUGAAAUGAGAUAUGACAUGGAUCUUGAAACGGAAGCACAAACGUACGCUAAUCAGUGCCCAACCAAAAGAUCUACAAUGCAGGGUGAAAAUUUCCAAAAACACUCCUCAAUAACAAUAUCAUAUUAUGAUGCUGCAGUAGAGGCUAUAAAAACUUGGUGGAAACAGAUUUCAACGAAUGGCAUCAAUGCCCAGAUGCUCUACACGCAGACCUUAGAAACUAAGACCGGUUCGCCAAAUAUGUUUACUCAAGUUGGUUGGGCAAAAUCCUACAAAGUCGGUUGCGGUAUCAGUCGCUGUACUGACGGUACUGUUGUGGUGUGUCGUUAUAAUCCGCGCGGAAAUGUCUACCAGGAAUACAUCUAUAAGAAAGGCACAACAUGUGGCGCUUGCGCCAAAGAAUGCAAAGAUGGACUUUGUCCGGCACCUGCAGAAUAGAAACCUUUGGGAG